AACCUCGCGCGUCUGGCUUCCGUCUGCUCUCCAUGAACUAAAACCAAGAUGAUUCAACGCCUUUGAGACAGCUCCAUCCUCGCUCGGCUGGCGCAAGCCAGUCGACGCGGGUGCUGCUGAGAUGCUCCGGGCUCCAACCACCUGAAGGAGACAAGGAAACUUUAUGAUUGGUCUUAGUUCUGUCCUGCGUUGUCCGCCCUCGACCGACCGCAUCACGGCGCAUCAAUCGCAUCAAUUGUCGAAGAGGAGACAUCAAUGCGAAGUGUCUCCGCUUGGACCUUUGUUUGUGCUGUGUCUUUCGGUAAUCUCCACAUCGAGGUGCGUCCAGCACAUACUUUGGAGCAGUAAUAUCAAAUAUUUGUUCUCCGCUUCAACCCAGUUCUUUCCUUCACCCCGCCCACAGUGCUGUCUCAUGAAUGCCAAGGCUGUUUACAAUCGCACCUGCCCUCACGCGACUUGAUGCGAUUGUCAACGCGCCUGCCUGCGAAAACGCGCGCGCUCUCUAACCUCCAGCUACUUUCAAAGCGAGCCCCGCCUGCCUCGCUCGCCGCUCCA